GGGUCAGUGCGGAUGACGUAUGCGAGUCGCGUGAAGCUCAUAGGAAGUGCACUGAGCUUACAGUCAGACUGAAAGCAAAGACAAAAGCAAACAGAGAGAGAGAGAGACGGAGACGGAGAGCAGGAGGGAGCCCGAGUCUCUUCUUUUCUUCUGGGAGAAGAAAUGACAUGGCCAGGUGACCGUAUGACGAGGUGACGUCAGCAGCCUCCUGAACAGACAGGCAGAGGAAACAAACACCUACAGAGCCCGCCUGACCGACCGCGGCUGCGCAGUGAGACGUUUCUGUCCUCACAGGAUCAGCACAGAGAGAGAGAGCGAGAGAGCGAGAGAGGGAGAGGGAGAGGGAGAGAUAUGUGGUGGUUCCAGGAGGGUUUGUGUGCUCUGCCCGUCGCGCUGGUCGUGUGGACAGCAGCUACAUUCAUCUUCGCCUACAUCACAGCCAUCAUUCUGAGACAUGUGGACCCGUUCGUCCCGUACAUCAGUGAUACGGGGACGGUGGCUCCUGAGAGGUGUGUGUUCGGGAUCAUGCUGAACGUGUCAGCGUUUCUAGGCGUUGCCACCAUGUAUGUGCGGUAUAAGCAGGUUCAGGCUCUGAUGGAUUUGGAGCAGAAGCGGGUUCUCCAGCUGAACUCUGUCGGCCUCCUGCUGGGCUGCAUCAGCUCCUUCGGCAUGUGUGUGGUGGCCAACUUCCAGAAAACGACGGUGUUCUCUCUGCACAUGGUGGGCGCCGUGCUGACGUUCGGAGUCGGGGCGCUGUACAUCCUCACCCAGACGGUGCUGUCCUUCUCCAUGCAGCCGCUCGUCCACAGCAAGAGCGUGUUCUGGACUCGACUGACCCUCUGCGUGUGGACCUUCAGCAGCAUCAUCAGCAUGUUUGUGUCGUCACUGAUCAUGUACAGCAGCCUGCCAGGAGUGGACGUUCCCAAAAAACUGCACUGGAACCCCACUGACCCGGGUUAUGCGGCCCACCUGGCCAGUACAGUGUCCGAGUGGUCUCUGGCUUUCUCCUUCAUCAGCUUCUUCCUCACCUACAUCAGAGACUUCAAAAAGAUUAACCUGCGGGCGGAGGUGGAGCUCCAGAGCAGCACUCUGCAUGACUCCACCUACUACAACUACCCCCACGGACCGCGGGAGACCUCGCCGCUGCUCGCAGGGUCCAUCUAACACACAGACACUCCAUACAAACACACUUCCACAGCCUCAGGUCCCCGAAUCACUCACACACAGAUACAGGCUGGUUUGGUCCGACAAGCCUCAGAUACACAGAUAAGCAGAGAAAUCUCCACCGAGCGGAGAUACGGAGCCUUCCUGAUGGAUAAAAUCACAGAGAACUCAAACUGAUAAAUCCUGUUUUUACUGACGACUGGGGGUUUUAACUCUGUAAACAGGUAACAGAUACGUUUCUAAGACAUUUCUGAGAUGAGACUGAAAUUCACCUGAGAAAUCCUUUUACAGUGAGAUUAUAGGUCCACAUAUAUUCUAUAUUCUUACAGACUGUAGCAUUUUAACCCUCAGUGACCCUCUGCUGCACAAAUGCACUGCAUCGUCCAGCACUCUGAUCAGUGUUAUUCAUUAUUCAUAUUCUCAGACUGCAUGUCUGCAUUUUGGUGCCAAUAUAUUAACUUUUUAUGUAAGUACUGUAGCUGUGGUGCUGUUUUCCUUCUUUUCUAACAUGUUUAGUGAUAAAAACAUUGAAACAAAUCAAUAAAACACAUAUAUAUGUACUAAUUUGAGGCAUUUUUUAAAUGUUGGGCCUCAAUUUUCAUCACUGUAGCAUUAAUCAGCUUCAGCCGGCACCUUUUUCUGUUAUAAUCAAUGGACCCGAUUCUGAUCUUCUGGACCCCCUGCCACGCAAACUCUCAAUUACUCCCCACCUCGAAACACCUGACCCAGCUCAUCAGGUUAUUACCAAACCCAUGAACUGGUGAACUGGUAGGAAAUGAACUGGAACUGCAGGGUUUUAUUAUGAAUAGCUUUUAAAUUCACUCUAAACUCCACAAAUUCAAUAUAUUACAUUAGUUUACUGUUUGUAUAUCAAAUAAAGGUGUAUAUUCACACAUUCUCAUAUGUUACAGACUCACUUAUGUUAAUAAAAUUGUUGAAAUCACAGUGAGAAAACGUACUAACUUUUAAAGAUUAUGAUUCCCUGCAAAAAUAUUUAAAAACAUAACAUUUUUAAUGUUUCAGAGCUUCUAAAAACAUUUUAAAAGGGAUAAAAGCAUGAAAAUACAUCAGCAAAAAUGAAAAUACAUCACCAGUGCUUGGGUCUCUGAGGGUUAAACACAAACUACACAACCUUGAAGACCACUAGUUCAAUACGUUCCUUCCUGCACAGCUCGCACUGACCACUAGAGGGAGCUACAGACUAAGGACUGAGUUAUAAGGCGCUGUAAUGCUGUUCUUAUUGUUUUCUGCUUCUUGCUGUUAUUCACUUGUGAUUUAAAUGGAAGUUAUAAUUAGCAUAAUUACCUCUAACGUCCAGUAUUCACUUUUUAAAUGUCGUACCGUAAAGCAGCUCUGACUGAACCUGAACUUUCACUGUAUCACUCACUGCAGUUAUUAUACUGAAAUCUAUUUUAUAAGGAGUUUUAUUUUCUCAUGCAGAUCUUAGUGUUUAUUCAGUUCAGCCUCCCUGAUGUUUAAAACUCCACUGUGUGGAUGUGAACUUCCAGAGUUUGGGAGCUUUAAAGGGCCCAUAUCAUGAAAAAUCUUCUGAAAUCAAGGGGUUUGUAGUAUGUAAACACUGUCAGUGGUGGACGAAGUACACAAAUCAUGUACUUGAGUUAAAGUAGAGAUACCCAAG